AUGAGUUCUCUUUGGUGUUUGGUUUUGUUAAUUCUUUCAUUGGCUUACAAUGUUGCUUCUGAUAAUUCUAUUGGAACUUUAAAGUUUCUUGAUGAUUGCGAUUCUGAUGAAGAUUGUGGAAGUGGACUAAGUUGUUCUGCAUGUCCAGAAAAGAUUUCUGUGAAAAAGUGUGUUAGAGCAACUGUGACAGAUCAAUUCAAGCUCAUUAAUAAUUCUCUUCCAUUCAACAAAUAUGCAUUUUUGACAACACAUAAUGCAUUUGCCAUUGAAGGAGAACCAUCUCACACAGGUGUGCCUAGAAUUACCAUCAACAAUCAAGAGCACAGCAUCACUCAACAGCUUAAUGAUGGAGUUCGUGCACUUAUGUUAGAUACAUAUGAUUUUGAUGGAGCUGUUUGGUUAUGCCAUUCAUUUAAAGGUCAAUGCCAUGAUGUUACAGCAUUUGAACCGGCUAUUGAUACGUUGAAGGAAAUCGAAGCAUUUUUAUCGGCGAAUACAAAUGAAAUUGUGACAAUUAUCUUGGAAGAUUAUGUUGAAUCUCCAAAUGGUUUGACAAAGGUUUUCACUGAUUCUGGUCUUAAGAAGUAUUGGUUUCCAUUGGCUAGCAUGCCAAAAAAUGGUGAGAAUUGGCCACUAGUUAGUGAUAUGGUUGCCAAAAACCAAAGGUUAUUAGUGUUUACUUCUAAGAAGGGUAAGGAAGAAAGUGAAGGCAUUGCUUACCAAUGGAAUUACAUGGUUGAAAAUCAAUAUGGGGAUGAUGGAAUGAAAGAAGGAAACUGCCCAAACAGGGCAGAAUCACCUUCUCUUGAUGAUAAAACCAAAUCUUUAGUAUUGGUAAACCAUUUUAAGAGUGUUCCAGUAAAGCCACUCUCAUGUCAAGAUAAUUCUGAAGGACUCAUUAACAUGUUGCAAACUUGUUUUGCUGCUGCUGGUAACAGAUGGGCUAAUUUCGUAGCUGUCGAUUUUUACUCGAGGAGUGAUGGAGGAGGGGCAUUUCAAGCUAUGGAUACUCUCAAUGGAAAGCUAUUGUGUGGAUGUGAUGAUGUUCAUUCAUGUGUGCCUGGAUCAACUUCACCAGUUUGCUCGCCACAAAAGUGAAAAGAGCAACAACCGAAAGAAAAUAAUUUAGGUGAUGGAUUAUUGAAAGCAGAAUUCCUUACCAUUGUAUCAUGCACUCUAGCUUCAGAAAGUACUAUUGUCAUUUUUAUUUCUAAAAAAAUAUACUAAUACUUUUUCUGCAGUGAUCUAUUGAGAGUCAGUUUCAAUUGUAUUA